AUGGUCAAGCGCAGGGGCAGAGCGUCAAAUCAGAACAAUACGAGCAUACCCGACCUUCCUCCGACUGGAGGCGACUGGACACAAUUCCUCGUGCCGCCCAGGGAGUUCUCGCAGAAGCAGUGGAGAAGCGGCGUCGGCUUAGACAACCUCAGCCUAGAAAGCUUCGUCAAUGUGAAUGCGCGAAGCAACUCGGUUCCUUGCGCCACUUCAAUUGAAAGCAUAGCGGCUUCACCAUCUGCUUCUGUACAUGACAGCAAGCUCUCAUCCACCCAGAGCGUAUCCUCGGAUGUCAGUGGUACCGAGGAUCUACCGCGACAACACGAGCUCGUGAAAAAGUGCACACAAGCAGAUGCCGCGCGUGCUCCAGCUGCGCAGCUCCGCGCAAACAGCACGCCAGUAUUCACUGAUCAGAUCGACAUUGCGAAACUGCAUCGGCUGUUCACUAAAGCACGAGCGCGGUGUUUGCGGGAUGUUUGCGUGCAUGCGCUUUUGCGGCGGAGUGUUGGAUGUCAGGCGGGUAAAGUACGGCAGGGGUCAUCGGCAGUGGCUGGGCAGGAUGAUGAGCUUGAUGCAGCGGAGGAAGGACAGUACUUCCUGCCCGCCGGCCUGUUAGAUGACGAGGAAGAAGAGGCUGUCGCGGGCCAUUCACAAGCUGCACUAAGACUCGAGUCACAGAAACUCACCACUGCCAGCCGACCAUCAGCCUUCCUCGAAUAUGACUUUCGGCCACAUGUGUCGACCAGAGAUACCCAGUGCCGUUCAGGGGCGGAGGUCUGGAGCCGCGACACAGACACGAAGGCAUUUCUAGAUAGCUUGAGACAAGCAAAGUACUGCUGGCACACCUUCAUGACCACAGACCCGGAACUAGCAAUCCAGUAUCUUCGCACACCCGAACAUCUGCACCUAUGGCAAAUGAUCAGCGAGAUCAAUGAGAACCUCGCGCCGCAUGAGCUUUCCCUUCCAUUACCGCAGUGGCCGACACAGUAUCUCGUUGAUCUGACCAACGACGUGAAAGCAGUACACCAUGCCAUGACGAGGAGGGAAGUGCGAGUGCUGAGGCAGCGUCUUGCCUCUCAUUCUAAUGGGGUUGUGGUGGGUGGGCUUAAAGGCAAAGAGGUCUGGGAUCUACUUGUCGCGGCCGCGAGUUCAUGUGUUAGGGACGCGAGACUGGGACUUGAAGAUCUGGUGGUUUUGAGGGAUGCUGUGGUUUCGGGGCUUUGGAUGGGGAUUGUGGGGCGAUGUUAUGGGGAUGGGGGUUGUGAGUGGGCAGGUGUGCGGUGA